CAACUUACUUUCUUUGAUGGAUAUCUAUUUGUUUUGUCAGUUCUCACUGAUUUUCUGUGUAGUAAGCUGCUACUGACAUACAUGGAUUGAAGAUUUUUUAUUUCCAAAAGUGAUUAACACUAAAGCCCCACAAUGUCCUUGAAACCACGAGUAGUUGACUUUGAUGAAACAUGGAACAAACUUCUAACAACAAUUAAAGCUGUUGUUAUGUUGGAUUAUGUUGAAAGAGCAACGUGGAAUGAUCGCUUCUCAGACAUUUAUGCUUUGUGUGUGGCCUAUCCUGAACCUCUUGGAGAGAGACUUUAUACAGAGACUAAAAUUUUUUUGGAAAAUCACGUACGCCAUUUGCACAAGAGAGUUCUGGAAGCUGAAGAACAAGUACUGGUUAUGUAUCACAGAUACUGGGAAGAGUAUAGCAAAGGGGCAGACUAUAUGGACUGUUUAUACAGGUACCUCAACACACAGUUUAUUAAGAAGAACAAAUUGACUGAAGCUGAUCUUCAGUAUGGUUAUGGAGGAGUGGAUAUGAAUGAACCAUUGAUGGAAAUAGGAGAGCUAGCUCUUGAUAUGUGGAGAAAAUUAAUGAUUGAGCCACUGCAGGCCAUCCUUAUUCGGAUGCUCCUCCGAGAAAUAAAAAACCCAAGCACUCCUCCUACAAGGCAAGCUGAGUAUCAACUUACGCAUUUUUGUUUCAACACAACAGGAAGCCGACAAGAUCUCGAAUUUGAUCGCUGUGGAGAAGACCCAAACCAGAAAGUAAUCCAUGGGGUUAUUAACUCCUUUGUUCAUGUUGAACAGUAUAAGAAAAAAUUCCCCCUAAAGUUUUAUCAGGAAAUUUUUGAGUGUCCUUUUCUGAAUGAAACAGGGGAGUAUUAUAAACAAGAAGCUUCAAAUUUAUUGCAAGAGUCAAAUUGCUCACAGUACAUGGAGAAGGUUUUAGGUAGAUUAAAAGAUGAAGAAAUGCGGUGUCGGAAAUACUUGCAUCCCAGCUCAUAUGGCAAAGUGAUUCAUGAAUGCCAACAGAGAAUGGUAGCUGAUCACUUGCAGUUUCUACAUGCAGAAUGUCACAAUAUUAUCAGACAAGAGAAAAGAAGUGACAUGGCAAAUAUGUAUACUCUACUUCGUGCUGUGUCAAGUGGUUUACCUCAUAUGAUUCAGGAACUACAAAACCAUAUCCAUGAUGAGGGCCUUAGAGCAACCAGCAAUCUUUCUCAGGAAAAUAUGCCAACUCAGUUUGUGGAGUCAGUUUUGGAAGUACAUAGUAAAUUUGUUCAACUCAUCAACACUGUUUUGAAUGGUGAUCAACACUUCAUGAGUGCCCUUGACAAGGCUUUGACAUCAGUAGUUAACUAUAGGGAGCCCAAGUCAAUCUGCAAAGCACCUGAGUUGCUGGCCAAGUACUGUGACAACUUGUUGAAGAAAUCAGCAAAAGGAAUGACAGAGAACGAAGUAGAAGACAAACUUACAAGUUUCAUUACUGUUUUCAAAUACAUUGAUGACAAAGAUGUAUUCCAAAAGUUCUAUGCCAGAAUGUUGGCAAAAAGAUUAAUUCAUGGUUUGUCUAUGUCUAUGGAUUCUGAAGAAGCCAUGAUUAAUAAACUAAAGCAAGCCUGUGGUUAUGAAUUUACCAGCAAGCUCCAUCGAAUGUAUACAGACAUGAGUGUUAGUGCUGAUCUCAACAAUAAAUUCAACAACUUUAUCAAAAACCAGGACACGAUUAUAGAUUUGGGAAUUAGUUUUCAGAUAUAUGUUCUACAGGCUGGUGCAUGGCCUCUAACUCAGGCUCCUUCUUCUACAUUUGCAAUUCCUCAGGAACUGGAAAAAAGUGUACAGAUGUUUGAAUUAUUUUACAGUCAGCAUUUUAGUGGAAGGAAGCUUACUUGGUUACAUUAUCUUUGUACAGGUGAAGUAAAAAUGAAUUAUUUGUGCAAACCUUAUGUAGCCAUGGUCACAACAUACCAAAUGGCAGUGUUGCUUGCCUUCAACAACAGUGAAACUGUCAGUUACAAGGAGCUUCAGGAUAGUACACAAAUGAAUGAGAAGGAACUGACAAAAACCAUCAAAUCCUUACUUGAUGUCAAAAUGAUCAACCAUGACUCAGACAAGGAAGAUAUAGAGGCAGAGUCUACGUUUUCAUUAAAUAUGAACUUCAGCAGUAAACGAACAAAAUUUAAAAUUACUACAUCAAUGCAGAAAGACACGCCACAGGAGAUGGAGCAGACCAGAAGUGCUGUAGAUGAAGACAGAAAAAUGUAUCUUCAAGCUGCUAUAGUCCGUAUCAUGAAAGCACGUAAAGUGUUGCGACAUAAUGCUCUUAUUCAGGAGGUAAUUAGCCAAUCAAGAGCUAGGUUUAACCCAAGUAUCAGCAUGAUUAAGAAGUGUAUUGAAGUUCUGAUAGACAAACAGUACAUAGAACGAAGCCAGGCCUCUGCAGAUGAAUACAGUUAUGUAGCAUGAUGUUGCUAUCCUGCAGGUAUGAUUGUAAGGAGAUCAUUGCUGUCACUGUUUGGUGUGUUCCUGUGGGAAGAGGCAGGCCUGUGCCUCCAUAAUUGGUCACUUGGCAGCCCCUGUUUUUCUGCUGUUUACAACAUCACCAGUGCCAUGUCAUGAGCGUCAAUGAAAAUGCCUAUAGAUAUUUCAAGCUCAUGUCAUUAUGACAUUUCUUAAAACUUUACUAAAAGAAUGAGUGAAGUAUUGCUGAAAUGUGGAAAAUUGGUUGGGUACCAUGCUUUUUUUUUUUUCUCCCCUCUUCCCUUUCACGUUUGCAGUCGAUGUUUUUUAAUGUAUCUUAAGACAAAGUAAAAAAAAAAAAAAAAAACAAAAAAAACCCUAAAUAUUGUAAUAUGACAGAUAACCUAAUAAUUGUAUCUACAUUAAAAUGUAAAAAAAAUGACAAACAUGAUACUGCUGCUUGUCAAAUAAAAAAAUAAAGUUAUAUAAUGUGUCUUGAAUGAUUGUAGAAAUGGAUAUAGCAUUAAUGUCUGUAACUAUUAUUCAGACCUGGAAGAGUAAAAAUAAUGUUAUGUGUUUGGGUUUUGGAUAACCUCAGAAGUAGACCUGACGUAAGAACUAAUUUAUAUAAAACUGAAUACCAAGUAUGUUAUGUUUGAUGUGAUUAUAAAAAAAUAUUAUGGUUAAAUGCACAUCUUGUUUUCUUGAGAUUAGGCUAAUUUACAUUCUUAGUGCCUGAAGGCCUACUCUGUGUCUGUUAAUCUCACACUGUAGGAAUACGUUACAAGAGAAAAUAAACAGAUGU